ACUGUUCGUAAACAUGGCGACGGCCGCAGCUGCAGGCGUGGGAGAGCUGCAAAAGGAGUUGGUUUGUCCAAUUUGCUUGGAUUAUUUCGAUGAUCCGGUUAUUUUAAAAUGUGGCCACAACUUCUGCCGAAGCUGUAUUUUAAUGCAUUGGGAGGAAAAUGGAGAGGAUGAUGUCGGGUAUCGGUGUCCGGAAUGCAGACAGGUAUUUAGCAAAAUAAGCUUCACGACUAAUUACCUGGUGAAGAACUUGGUGGACAGAUUGGACAGACUGGAAUUUUUUAAGUCCAGUAAACCUCCCACCCCAGUCAAACCCACCAAACUGGACGGCAAGUGUGACAAACACGGCGAAGAACUAAAACUCUACUGCCACACAGACAGCAAACCAAUCUGCGUCGUGUGUCGGGAAUCGAGAGCACACAGGCACCAUGACGUAGCGCCUUUGCCAGAGGUCAUCGAAGACAUGAAGGGGGAGCUCAGGAUGAGGCUCAUCAAGCUGACCUGGCAGAAGUCCGUGUGCGAGAGGGUGAGGACGACCGACGAGGCGGCCAAGGCGGACGCCAAGCGUAAGAAGCAGGACCUGAAGAGGAAGAUCGAAAACGACAUCGGCGCCCUUGUCCAGUUCCUCCUGGACGAGAAGGAGGACAUGCUGGCCAGCCUGGAGGCGGAGGAGGUGGCCACCGUCGCCAUGAUCGAGGAGAACCUGAAGGACGUGGCCAAGGAGGUGGCAGCCGUGGAACGGGCCGUCGCCGACAUUCAGAACCACGUGAGCGGGAAGUCCAGCUUCGAGGCCAUUAAUCAGACGGUUGUAUGCCCGUUCCACGUCUCCCCCUCCAUACAGGCCACCAACUGUCCCCCGAACUGGGAGGAGUUCAACGGCCCCGUCCAGCUCAUCAUGUGGAAGAAGAUGAUGCACGUGCUGCACACGGUUCCCGCGAACCUGGCCCUGGACAUGGACACGGCCCACCCGGGCCUCCAGAUCAGCGACUUCGACACCCGGGUGGAGGAGGGCCAGACGCGCUCGCUGGAGCCCGACCUGCCCCAGCGCUUCACCCGCUUCCUGGGCGCCCUGGCCACCGCGCAGUUCUCCAGCGGCCAGCACUACUGGGAGGUGGACGUGCGCGACAAGGGCGUGUGGUACCUGGGCGUGACCACCGAGUACAGCAACCGCAAGGGCUACGUCAACCUGUCGCCCUCGGCCGGCUACUGGAGCCUGUGCCUGCAGGACCGGCUGUACGCCAACGAGGAGGACGCCCGGCUCUCGCUGGCCGACUACUGGAACUCGCCCCGCGUGGGCGUGUUCCUGGACUACGAGCGCGGCCGCGUCUCCUUCUACGACGCGGUCACCAUGAAGCACGUCUACACGUUCGAGGCCUACUUCGACGAGCCGGUCUUCCCCUUCUUCAGCCCCGGGAAGAACGACCCGGGGAGCCGGCUGCAGGUCUGCCACUACUACUGACCCCCCUCCCCACCCCACUGCCACGCCCCUCUCCCCCGAAACCCCCCGCUCCCACAGGCAACGGGUCGGGAGGGGGCCCUGCCACUACCCGCUGGGAGGAGGCCUUCGUGUUGUUCCGUCGACCACUACCGUCGCAAAACCGCUUCUCGCGGUUCGCGCAUGUGCCGUUAGCCUGUCCGGUUUCAAGCGGGGCUCUACGCCGUGCGGAAGGUCGCGUUUAUAUUUCACUGGAUUUUCUAAUAACGUAGGCUAGUGCAAAAACCUUUUUUUUUUUUCUUUCUUUUUUUAAUUAAAAGACUCCAAAUGUAGCCCCACAGAAAUUGACAGUUUAGAUGUAAAUAAUCAUGUUUUGAAUAGACGCUCUUAUAGAUGAUUUUUGGACAACUGUUGUACUGCAAGAAAUUAUGAACGGACAAUUUAGCGACUGCUAAUUUGUCAAGAGCUUUCUUUGUGCCACGUUACCUCGGGGUAUAAGUUACUCUUUUCUAGUCUGCCAUGGUCAUUUUUUAAAUUAUUUAUAAUUUUAGAUGGACUAUACUUUGUUUUAGGUUCUGUCUUCAGUUGGUCAUGAUUGGGGGCAGAAUGUUAAUUGAACAUUCACACAAGGUUAUCACUUGCAGGCACUGGUGUUUGCAGAUUAUUGUGGUUUUAUUUGGAGUACACGUUGUGGCUUGUUUAGGGUGGCCAUGCUGAUGCUUCCAGGUUCAGCUUCUGGUCUGGUGGUUGGCAUGGUGGAUGUGUUCUACACAAACUUAACUUCACUGCAAAAUCUCCUCUUUGUUCAACAGUUAAAACUGUCUUUCUCCCUGUCACAUUGUUUAAACAUCAGUAUUUGUUUAUACUUUGACUUUUGAGGUUUCUGUAUUAGUGCUUUUAACUGUAUUUUUUUAACCUAUGAAUUUUCUAUUUUUCUUUCUUUGUUUUAAUAUUGGAUCAUGGGAUCAUUUAUCAUGUCAAUUCAAGGGGUAUAAUCCAUUUUAUUAUGUGUACAUGUUGUUUGUGCAUUAACCUUGUAUCGAUGCGAUAUGUGAAGUUAAUUUUCAGCUGUACUUUGACAUCAAUCUUCAAAAUAAAAUAAAACUGUAUUUCAA